AUGGUUUCGUUUGAGAGCACGACCGACGACACUGGCGCGUGGGACUUGGCCAGUGUCGUGGCCUACGUCGCCGACGACGCCGCGGUCGUCAACCGCCGGGAUAGCAGCUCGGGUCGAUCGCUGCUCCACGAAGCGUGCGUCCACGGCCAAAAGCACGUAGUGGUGUACUUGCUCGAGCACACGCCGUGCGACCUUCAUAGCACCACGAUGCUCGGCCGCGCGACGGCAUUGCACUUGGCUGUCCACGCAGCGCACCGCAACCUCGUGUUUUGGCUCCUCAGCUACGGCGCCGAUGCGACAGCCAAGGACCGAUUUGGGUCCACGCCGCUUCACUACUGCACAAAGCGAACGAUCGCCCAGCACUUGAUGCAAUUUGGCGCCCGUUGUCUGACCAGCAACCGCCGGCGUCAGACGGCUGCGUUGGCCAUCAAGACCAACGUGGACGCGGAUGCGGACCUCAAGGAGUUCAUUGCCAACGUCGCUAUCCAAGAAGCCGAGGCUCGAAAAGCGGCGAUGCGCGCCGCGAAGCGUCCGAAACUGCUGAAGUAA